UACUAGAUUCCACUAAUACUUAAAAUUUUAAUUUAUUUUAUAUUAUCAAUAAAAUAAAUAUUUUUUAAAACUGUGCAUCACACGUACUGUACUGUACUAGUUUGGUACCAAAAACGUUUGGCCCCUUCAUUCUUUUUCCCGCUCUCAAAUUCUCUCCUCUAUGUAUCCCCUUUUUUCUGCAAAUAUAACCCUUAAUCUUCAAAAUUCUGCACUUUUAACCUGUUUGCUCCCAAAUUUGUCUGCAAUUCUCCAAUUAAUUUCAUCAAUGGCUUCGCAUUCUCACAGAUUUCUCUCCAUCUUCAUCAUUUUAGCCGCCUUUUGCCUGAGCAGAUUUUCUUGCUGCGGAGGAAUGGAGAAGGAGAAAACAUUUGCUAUGAUAAAGCCAGAUGGAGUUUAUGGUAAUUACAGUGAUAAAAUAAAAGCUAUAAUCAUGGAUUCUGGGUUUAGUAUUAAGAGGGAGUUGAGGGUUCAGCUUGAUGAGGAUACUGUAAGAAGCUUCUAUGCUGAACAUUCUUCUAAAAGCUUUUUCCCCAGUCUUGUCAAAUACAUGACAAGUGGUCCAAUCUUGGUAAUGAUCCUGGAGAAGGACAAUGCUGUUGCUGAUUGGCGUAAGCUGAUUGGACCCACUGAUGCGGAGAAGGCUAAGGUCACACAUCCUCAAAGCAUCAGAGCAAUGUGUGGCUUAAACACAGAGAAGAAUUGUGUCCAUGGCUCUCAUUCUAUUCAAUCUGCUUCAAGGGAGAUGUCAUUUUUCUUUGAUGCACAAGACAUACGGCAUGAUGAGUUGUGAAGGUACACCAUAGCCAAAUAAUUAUCCUUACAUUUCAUCCCUUCUUUGUAUUCAUGAAUAUAUGAUGUAAUAUUAAAUGAUUUACGAUUGAGGUCUAGCUCCCUUUCCUUCCCUUAGGGGCCUUUAUUAAUGACCAAAUUGUUUUAAAAAAUGAGGUAGCUAGGCUUAAAUUGAUUAUGCUUCUCAUGGGUUGCAUAACUUAAUUUAGGGCUACUCUGCUCAUUUUGUAUGCCAGUUAUUGGUUGAAGUUUUGAUGAUCUUUUUGUGAAUAGUUUAUCAGCUACUAUGUAUGUUAAUUUAGGCAAAUAAGAAGAGGUAUAACAGUUGAUUGA